AUGGCCGCUGCGUUCGACGACGAAGACCUUUCCGUCUCCCUCCCUCCCAUCGAACGGGAUCAUCGUCGGGAUCGCGAUCGGGCUGCGGUGCCUCCUCCCUCCGGUGACAACCCGGCCGCCAUGGCAAUGCCUCCCCACGCUCGUCCGAUCGCAAAAGGCCACGAGGUCAAGCAGUCCCCGGCAACAACGAGAGAUAUGCAACGACUCGAUCAGUAUCAGACAAUGAAGAUUCUGGGGGAGGGUUCGUUUGGGAAAGUCAAAUUGGCUAUUCAUCAGCCCAGUGGGCGACAGGUCGCUCUGAAGAUUAUUAACCGCCGCAAGCUGCUUUCGAGAGAUAUGGUCGGUCGCGUGGAACGGGAAAUUCAGUAUCUGCAAUUGCUGCGACAUCCUCAUAUUAUCAAAUUGUAUACUGUAAUCGCUACCAAAACCGAUAUUAUAAUGGUUUUAGAAUACGCAGAACGGGAGCUGUUCGACUACCUGGUGAAACGAGGACGAUGCAAUGACGCCGAAGCCCGCAAGUUCUUUCAACAGAUCAUCUGCGCCGUUGAGUACUGUCAUCGGCAUAAGAUCGUGCAUCGUGACCUGAAGCCAGAAAACCUGCUCAUCGACGCCAAUAAGAAUGUGAAGAUUGCUGAUUUCGGUCUAAGCAAUAUCAUGACGGAUGGGAAUUUCCUCAAAACAAGUUGUGGUAGUCCCAAUUAUGCGGCGCCAGAAGUCAUUUCAGGAAAGCUCUACGCCGGACCAGAGGUGGAUGUGUGGAGUUGCGGUGUCAUUCUCUAUGUGUUGCUCGUUGGGCGACUGCCAUUUGAUGACGAUUACAUCCCAGCAUUGUUUAAGAAGAUCGCUGCAGGCAACUUCCAUAUGCCGCCUUACAUCCACUCCGGAGCAGCGCGCUUAAUCAAAUCCAUGCUGCAAGUCCAUCCUGUCCAUCGAUUGACGAUUCCUGAAAUCCGUCAGGAUCCCUGGUUCCUCCAAGACCUUCCUCCUUACCUUCAACCACCGCCGGAAGAAGUCAUCGCAACUGGGUCCGAUCCGAACAAGGCGAUUGACAUCCGGAAAAUUGCACCUGGGAAGCCCCUUUCUGCCCAACACAAGAUUCACCAGAUUGCCAUCUCAAAACUCGAGCGGAGUAUGGGAUAUGCCCGCGACGACAUUGAAGACGCGUUGAAGAACCCCGAACCGAGCGCCAUUAAAGAUGCCUUUUUCAUUAUUGUCGAGAACGAGAUGAUGCAAACCAACUCCCCUACAGAUGAUAAUCUCAUGGCCUCCGUUGCACCUUCCCCUCCUUCUAAGAACCCAUUGCCUUCACCGGCCGUGGCUAAACAAAGUGCUGCUACUCGUCCCCAUGGAGCUCCUACUGUCCCGUCGCCACAAAGAUUCGCCCAGUUACCACCAGAAGACGAAGAGCCAGUGCGCGUGAGCCAUGUCCGAAUCCUACCGACGAGUAUUCCAUACGUGCACGACCAGCUUAUGGAACAGCGCGAACGCGAGCGCGAACAACGAGCUCGUGCUGCGCAUCUCGACGCACAAGCCAGGGCUGAAAACCCGGACGAUCCGGCAUGGGGUGAGCGGUCGAUAAAUGAUCAGGAAGCAACAGCUAGAGCAUUGAAGCCGCACUCUCGGAGUAUUGUCGAUUUGGACAAGCUCCGGUUUGAGCCGCCCGAGGGCCACCACUCUACAGCACACAUGCCUAAGAGAUCUCGCAAGUGGCAGUUUGGUAUUCGGUCGCGCAAUCAGCCGUAUGAAGCAAUGCUGUAUCUGUACAGAGCGAUUGAUGCACAGGGUGGAGUUUGGGACAUUUUACCAGGCGAUACAGGCGGUGAUAUCGGUGCCGACGAGGAAAAGCCUCUGCAAACGAAAUAUGCCCACCUUCCGUCUGAUUACUACAUCCCUAAGGAUCCUUGGUUUAUUCGUGCCCGCCUCUUGAAGGAAGGCAUGAGAAUACCUGGUCCUUCGCCACGAGUCCACGGCCGCACCAGCAGCACCGUCAGCAAGAGCGAGGUCGAAGAGCUACGUCGCCGUUUCAACAUCACAAAGAUCCCGAGGGAUGACAGGAAUUCCCUUGCCGUGGAAACUGCGUCUGGUCCUCCGUCGCGACGGACUUCUUCUAGCCGUGUCAACCACGGAGUGUGGGUGUUUGUUGACAUCCAGCUGUACCAGCUGGAGCAGAACAGCUACAUGGUCGAUUUCAAAUGCGAUGGCUACCAGAACGUGGUACGGGAGGAAGGAGAUGCGGAAUGGCGUCCGAUCAGCAGACGAUUCCGCAACAAGGAGAAAGAGGUUACGAGUCCUUAUCCGUUCCUUGAUGUGGCAUCUGAUUUGGUGGCUCAGCUUGCCGUUGCUAGCUGA